GUAAAAAGCCUCAGUCUCAUUUUUCCCUCUAUAAAGGCAGCACUGUCUGUUAUAUUUCAACACAUACACCCAUGGUACAACUGCGGAAUUGGUGUUUUUCUGUUCUACUCUAAAAAAGUGUAUUCUGUUCCAAUGCAUCAAACAGUGGAUUUUGUACUUCUAUAUUUACAUAGGUCAGCCAGAUGAACACAUACAAACCAGACCACAUCAAAGCCAAGGCUAGGCACAGGUGUUUCAUCCUCAUCCUGUGCUUUCGUUUAGCCCUGGGUGAUGUGCCUGGUCCAUGUCGACACUCUGCAACAAAGGAUCGUCUUCUGAAUCUCAAGCAUCUGAUUGCAAACCAGUUGCAAAAUGGCUGCUUAUUAAACUACACAUUUACAAACCGUCAGAAUCUGAGCGAAAUCUGCUAUGUCAAAGCAGCCUUUCCCCAAAUCCUGGAUCUUCUCAAGAGUCACUUCAAGUAUGACCGGAGUUCGGAUAAUUUUCGUUAUGUCAAUGCAUUAACAAAUAUGAUCUUCAAUAUCUACUCUCAAAAAUGUAUUCCUGAAAUUAACGAGGAAUAUGAGGAUCAUCCAGUGAAAUUUACCAAAGCCUACAGCAGUUCUCCACAAGAGGUGCUAGAAAAAGUUCAAGAAGUCAUCAUGAUGUACAUGGACUUGAUGACAGAGAAUAAUGCACCAGUUAACUGGAACUGUGCACAAGAAUAUGCCAAAGAUUACCCAGAAUCCAUCACAGGGUCCACCCAGAGUAUAGGUCAAAGACAGGGUGGCUUCCCACUUAAUAAAGAACAAAACUCAUCAAGUGUUGGUGACUCAGGGAAGGAAACCCAGAGCAACACAUCAGAGCACAAUAUGUUUUAUAAAACAGCCUUCAUACUGGCUUUAGUAUGUGGAGGACUGCUGCUAACAGCUACUGUCUACUGUUAUAAAAAGAAACUCCAAAUACUUCAUAACAUCAAACUGACUGAAAACCAGAGCAAAUACACUGCAAUAAUUACAGCUGAACUUUUGAACAUCAAAAUUCGCUGUAACUGAUUAAUUCAACAUGGAAAUUUAUGAAAUACUUUUAUUGUUUAAACAUUGUCUGAUCUGUAUGUUAGAGUUUACAAAAUGUUUCUUUUGUAGAUUUAUUUGUGUGGUCUUCAUUUUGUAAAACUCCCUUUUUGACUAAUUAUUGAACGUUGUGCAGUUCUCUCAUUUGGUGCAACCAUAUGAUCAUAUGGCGUAAACAAAAGGAACUGAAUUAAAUCAAAAAUUACAUUUUUAAUUACUAGGGAUCAAAUAUGAAUCACAGUGAUGCCAUAUGUGUAUGUUGAUAGCAUUGUUAUACCAUUUUCAUUCAUUUUAUGGGUUUUAGAGUAAAAAUUGGUUUGUAGAUUCUAAGAACACCAGUGAAAGGUGAACAUGAAUCUAUAAUUGAUAAAAGAAAAAAGAAGGAAACCAUCUUUUUCAGGACAACUUAUUGUACUACUGAUGCUUUGUUAAAACAUUAUGCAUAUAAAGAAAAUAUAUUAUUUUUAGAUUUGGUCUCACCACAUAUUUUUUUUAAUGGCAUGGAAUGUA